UCGAAAGUAGGUCAAUAAAGCAUCUGAAAAUGGCUGCGAACUUCGAGACAUCGCAGAAUAAAGGAUCGGACGCAAUAUACGACGUUUGCUGUUCUGUUUGCGAGGAGGAUAGUGUAUAUAAAGAAGGGUUGUUUAAUUGUCAGAAAUAUUCAAAAUCUUUCUGCAACGAGUGUGUGAACGUGCAUAAAAAGCUACUGAAGGAUCAUUCUGUAUCAGCGAAAGAUAAAUGUAGCAGCUGGCCUGUUAAUAAGAAAGUUAAUGAUAGUCUGGAGUUAUGUCAGGAGCACUCUACUGAGAAAUUGACGAUGUUCUAUGAAGAUCACGAGAAGCUGCUUUGCCAGUUGUGUCUAUUUUACAACAACCACAGGCAAUGCAGCCAUGUAGUUUUAUUAUCUGGAAAAUGCAAAUCAUCAACGCAUCAUAUGAACGUAGCUGAGAUUGCAUCGAGAAUCGAACAAUUUCAGAAACGCUUAGCAGAAACGAUGAACAGAAGUGAACAGAAUAUGAAGUCUCUGCAAACAUCAUAUGAUACUAUUCUGGAAGAGAUUGUUGAUUUUCGUCGACAGAUUAACGGCCGUUUAGGCCGUCUACAACAAAACACAAUACAUGAAUUGGAUAUGUUGCACUCCAGUUUAAGAAAUUCUUUGGAGGAUGAAUGCAAACAAUGUGAGACAUUUAUUUCAAAGAAUAAGGUGCAUGAUUGCAAAAGCAUUAAAUCGCCCGAGAACUCUUUUAUUUUGCAUAGAAAAUAUCUGGACCAAACUGCUUCGGCCGAGUUAUUUCUUCGAAAUGUUACCACGAAUGCUGCCAUUGAAUUUCAGUACAACAAGGACUUGGAGAACUUCCUUGCUGCUUGCACAGAUCUCGGGAAAAUCACCAGUCGCGUUGGUGUGGUGUCACAUCGUCAUGGCGACCCGAACAAGGUCAUUAGUGUGCAAGGAAAGUCGCAAUUCAAUGUGAAAAUAAAUAAGGAUACACACAACUGCUUAAUAAAUGGUAUAUGUGAGAUGCCUAACGGGAAUCUCGUCAUUGCUGAUGAACACAAUCGGCGUGUGAAACUCCUUCAUCAGGCCAAAAACGUAAUAAUGCAUGUAAAGCUACCUUCGCAGCCGUGGUCCAUGUGUAACAUUUCCCCCAAUGAAGUCGCGGUUACUGUAAGCGACUGUAAGUCUCUUAACGAGAUUCAUUUCUUACGAGUCGACACUGGAAAGAUUAUUACGAUUUAACAUAUACAACUGGAUCAUUCGUGUUAUGGAAUAGCGCACCACAAAGGUGACAUGUGUGUAACUUCCGGCACUGCUUUGCUCCAGUAUACAACAGAUGGACGAUUAGUGAAGAAGUUGUACGAAGAAAAGUCUUCAAAUUUCUCAGUUGUAGGAGUUGCAGUAAGCCCUGAUGGGAAGAGGGUCUAUGUGACCGACACCCUAAAUGGAGAGCUUUGCACAUUGACCAUGGAUGGAGCAGUCACAGCAACGCUCCAGGAUCCUCCAUUUACACAUUGUUACAACGCAUGUAACAUACACGUGGCAGCCUCAGGACAGGUUUUUGUCUUUGGGAAUACAUCUGUAGAGCAAGUAGACACAGACGGCAAGCAAAUUCUAGCCACAUUCGAUGUAGAUCAUUUUCUUAUGUAUGUCUACUUCAAUGUAGACAACAGCAAGUUACUUGUUGGAUUUCAUGGUAACGACAGCAUUACGGAGUUCAAAACAAAUAGCCCAUGACCUCUUGAGUAAUAUGUCAAAUUGCACUUAACAUAUUGAAAUAUGGUACUUUUCUUACCACUUCAACAUAAAUUAGUACUUUUGAUUGAAAAUAUUUACAUGUUACUAUCCAAUUGUCAGUGUGCAUGUUAUCCAGUUGUACAACUUUGACGUCAGCCAACGAUGCCAUGUAUCGUGUAUUCCAUUCACGAUAAACUCUUAUAUGAUAUUUGGAUAAUUUAUCAUAAUCGAACCAAAAUAAAAAAUAUAGCUAGCACACAUAAACAAAAUUGAAAUUAAAACUAAUUAAAAACAAAGUACCGAAUUUAAACGUUCAAUUCAUAUUGUAUUUUGACAAUUAUAACACAAAACGUCACAUGUAUUUACAUUGCUAUGUUUAUACGCAGCAUUAGUAUGACGCUGUACAGUUUCACACAUUGAAACGCUAUCUUCAAAAAUAUUAAACACUGUAUAUUGAUAUAUAAAUUGUGUAUUUGCUAUGCAGUUUAUUGUGCAUGCAUUUUCACCAUGUUUGCAAAUUUCAACAUUGUUAUUGAUAUCGCUUUUAAUUUCUUUUGCUGAAAUUUUACAACGACAUUUCUAUUCCGUAGAAAUAGAAGUAAGAGCCUAAUAUUCGGCAAAUACUUUUGGAAAUUCCAAUAAAAUGUUUAGUAAACACAACGUUCAUCAACGCUUUAUCUAACACAAUUGACCAAAAAAUAAUGUCUUUAUUACACAGCGCAGUAAACACACAUUAAUGAUACACAUUUUAUCUAAGUCCAGCCAAAUCUAAACGUUUUAAAGUAUUUGCAUUUUUUAAUAAACUAUCAAUAGAGUAUUAAACAUAUAAAGUCAUUUCGAUUAAUCACACACAUUUUAACGAAUUAAUUCGACUUGUGUUGCUGUGUUAACGUCAUGGAAACGCAUGUGUUUUGUUGUGUUGUUUUUUUGUUGUUGGAAAAGGUGGACUUAAGAUUUAAAUAUUUGUUUAGUAUCCCAACAAAUUAUAUUUUACUUAUUUGCAGAUUCGCAAUAAUUAAUGACUUAGUGUUGGCUCCGUAAUCAACCCAUUCGAUUUUCGCCUUCUUAGUUGUAUUCAUAUUUAUUGGAACUCCCAACCCUGUGUUUUUACCGCAAAAAAGAACACUGAGUCGGAUAUUAUUUCUUAAUUCGAUGAUAUUAAUGUAAGGUAUCUAAUUCUUAGUCGAGUGUGCGCGUCAGUGUUUACGUUACGAUCACAUUCAUAUGUUAUUUUUAUUUUUUAUUGUUAGAGUGUCUUUAACUUUUUGAUUGUCAGAGUUCGUUUAACGUGUUGAUUGCUAGUGUGUUAAACUUUUUGAUUGCAAGAGUGUGUUUAACUUGUUGGUUGUUAGAGUGUGUUUAUCUUGCUGGUUGUUAGAGUGUGUUUAAGCGUAAGUGUCUGUAUAAAACUCGUGAUAUGUGAAUACAUAUUACUUACAUUCUUUGCGUUAAGAUUUUGAUGCAUACGUAAUAGGUAAUUGAUAUUUAUUUAAGUAUCUAAGUAUCUAAACGAACAUAUGAUAAAUAACUAUUGAGGUUCUGUCUUAAGCAAAUUUUAUUGAAUUGUUUUCUAUACAAUUUAUAUUGGAUAUUUAAAAGGGCAGUUAUACGAUAUAAAUAAAGAUGUUCUUUAUUUUACUCCAUGAGUAGCAAUGUAUGUGUUAUCAUUACUUGUACAAGAAGCCAAGUCACGGUUGCUGUAUCUUAUGUUCUAUUAUGGAUAAUUUUUCUUCCAUAUUCAUUAGCUUUACCUACAUUUGGUAUAUGCCAUAUAACGUUUUCAUUCAUAGAAAGACUUCAUUAUGUUAGUUUUUCCGCUACCAGAAAUUUGUGACGUGCUAUUACCAUGUUGCAAGGUGGUAAUUACUUUCAUUAAAAUAUAGGAAAUUAUUUGAAAUAAGAGCAUAUAUGUUAUGAGAUUACUUCCAAAAUAUAAAUAUCAUACAGUGAAGAUGUGCUUCAUCAAUUAUUUUGUCAGUAACCUUUGCCUAACUUCAGCGAAUAAUAAACCAAGUAUAUGCGGACAAUCUACUGUUGACCUUUCAGUCCAACAAUCGUAAGCUGCUGAAUACAAUUGUUUUGACACGGCAUCAAAUUACUCGUAUGGAAUAAUACUACAAAUUCUAUAUUUCUUAUACCAAGUUGGAAUGUUUAAAGAACAGUUAUUUUACUAUAAAACAUCAA